AGAGUGUGCUCUAGGGACGAUUACAUCUCGUGUGUUUGCCGUUAUAGCCUUGAUAUCUGUAUCUUUGGGAGUAGUGUAUUACCUUUUCUUUUUGUAAAAAUGGCCAAGGUUGUUGGACACGCAUUCCCUCUUUUGGGUCGUAGAUAUGGUCACUUUACAGGUGUAUCACGCAGUUUAUUCCCGGCACUUAUUGCUGGCGGCAUGUUUGGGCGCAUGAUUCCAUUUGAUACUGAAAGUAUAGACGUGCCUUUUUGGGGCCGUGGCAGUUCAAGUCGUAGUUUUGGCACCUUCUUACUGGGACUUACUUUGGGUGUAGGUAUUGGUGUUGUUGUAUACCCUCGUUUACCUUCUAUGGUUCAUGACUGGGUGUCAUAUCUGUGGCAGCUAAUUUCUAAAAUGGAAUUUAGUUGGUCCAGUGGUUCUAAAUCGCCUGAGCCGUCAGUGGAGAAGGAACAGCACGACACGUUGUAACACCCCUUAUUAGAACA